AAGUACCAUGUCCCAUAUGGCCACGGCCUCCGAAGGACAUAUAUUUCUGGUUUUGUUCCUUUUGCGUAAAGAAAUGCUUGUCACCUACUCACCAUAUUAAGUGCCCUAUUAAGUUUCACACUCUCCCCUCUCUCUCUCUCUCCCCACAUCAAACGCACAGUUUUUAGAGAGAGAAAACAGAGAUUUGGUGCUCUUCAUCUUCCAUGGAGAAGCAGAGAAUCUGCAAGAUCUGCAACAAGCGGUUCUCCAAUGGAAAAGCGAUGGGGGGUCACAUGAGAUCCCACCUCGCCAAGCUUCCUCUCCCUCCAAAGCCGCAGUCGCCGCCGCAGCAGCAGCAUCAGCAACUCAGUGACUCGCCCGAGUCGUCGUCCCCUCCAUUUUCGACUUCGAACAGGGCCAUGCAUUCUUCUCUGGAUUCAGCCGUGGUCCACGAUGGCGGAGACAGCGACAGCGAGUCCCACCCGCGAAACCCAACUCAUAGAAGAUCCAAGCGGCGCCGCAAAGUGAUUGGGAAAUCGUCGCUGACAAUGCCGUUCGAGGCAGAGCAGGUGAGUUCUGUUACCGAUGCUUUUUCAACUGAAGAUGUGGCUAUGUGUCUUAUCAUGCUCUCGAUGGAUAAAUGGGAAAAAGUAAAAGUAAAAAAUGGGGUGGAUGAAUCCGCGGAUGAGGAGGAAGAGGAUGAAUCCGACGACCGAGGCGGUUUUGGUUUUCGGUCACAUGCUCGGGUUCGGACUCGGGGGAAGUACAAGUGUGAGACUUGUGACAAAGUGUUUAUAUCUUAUCAAGCGCUCGGAGGGCACAGAGCGAGUCACAAGAAAAUCCUGAAAACCCAAGUGUUUGAUGACUAUGAAGAGGAAGAAGAUGAAGAUUUUGAGGAAGAUGAUGGGCAGAAUGGUAAUUUGGCGGUGGUGGAGAAUCACAGGACAUUUGAGUGCUCUGUUUGUUUCAAACAGUUCGAUUCUGGUCAAGCACUUGGUGGGCACAAAAAAGUACACUACUACAACAAUUUGACCACCAAUGCCCCUACUAGGAAUGUUAAUUUGCCAUCGUCUUCUACUAAUUUUGUGGACAAUUUGGUCAUUGACCUCAAUCUCCCUGCACCAGAGGAGGAAGAAGAGGAGGUUAGCCAGGUUGAAUUCUCAACAGUUUCCGAUUAAUGCAGUAAAAAAACAGUGCUUUUGAACUACAAGUGCUUAUUUGAAAGUUGAAAUCUUUGAUCAUUGACAAGUUGGAGAGGUAAAAGUUAAAAAGUGUUCAUCCUGUUGUUUUGUUUUCCAAACAUGGUUUUCUUUCUGUGUAUAUACUGAUGAACAUGAACUAGAAAUUUCUCAUUUCUCUGUUGAGGAUGUUAUA